AUGGGUCUGAAAAUAGCCGUUCUAGACGAUUACCAGGGUGUGGCGGAACAAUACUUUGGAACUCUUGGCGAUGAAUUUGAAAUCAGCUACUUCAAGGAUACGCUGCUACCUUACAAUCAUCCCGCGACCCCGCAGAGCGUUCGGGAUCAGUUGGCACAUCGGCUGGAGCCAUUUGAAAUCAUCAGCACAACGCGAGAACGCACUCCGUUCCCGGCGGAACUAGUCAGGCGACUGCCGAAGCUGAAGCUACUGCUCACCAACGGCGCGCGCAACCUCGCGCUGGACCUCGACGCCUUCCGGGAGAAGGGCGUCGUGGUGGCCACCGUCGUCGACGUGCCGCCGUCCACCGACCCGGACCACGCGCCGCCGACCGUGGGCGCGACGGCGGAGCACGUCCUCGCCCUGAUCAUGGCUCUGGCCAAGAACGUCGCCGCCUCCGACGCCUGCGUCAAGAGCGGCGGCUGGCAGACGGGCCUUAGCACCAGCCUGUCCGGCAAGACGCUGGGGGUGGUCGGCCUGGGCCGCCUGGGUGCGCAGACGGCCAGGAUGCUGCGCGCGGCGCUGGGCAUGCAGGUCAUCGCGUGGAGCCCCAGCCUGACUCAGGCCAGGGCCGACGAGCAGGCCCGAGCGGCGGGGUUCGAGUCGGUCGUCCAGCCCGACGGCCGGCCGACCUUUGCCAGCGUCUCGCGGGAGGACCUGUUCCGCAGGGCCGACGUGGUCAGCCUGCACCUCGUGCUGUCGGACCGCUCGCGGGGCCUCGUCACCGCCGACGAUCUGCGCAGGAUGAAGUCAGAGGCGCUGUUCGUCAACACCGCCCGCGGGCCGCUGGUCGUCGAGAGGGAUCUGCUCGAUGUCCUGCAGCAGGGCCGGAUUCGCGGUGCCGCCCUCGACGUCUACGACGUGGAGCCCCUCCCCGCGGACAGCGAGUGGCGGACGACGGAAUGGGGCAGGGAUGGCCGCAGCCAGGUUCUGUUGACGCCGCAUACGGGCUAUGUCGACCGUGAGGUGAUUCAUGGCUGGUACAAGCUGCAGGCUGAGCAGGUUCUGCGUUGGAAGAAUGGUCAAGAGCUUGGCAUGCGUCUCGUGUGA